UUUUAUAGAAGAUUGACAUUCCAGCGACCGAGGCCGUCAAUGAAGAUUGCCCACAGUCCUUGCGUUCUCCUUGCGGUUGUUCUGCUAGCGGCUUACUUCCAUCCGAAACUGCAUCAGACCCUGGUAUAACCAUCCCACAUGCCGCUGAAGUAUAUAUACAUUCAACACUGGUACACUAGUCUCAUCCAUUCUGCCCAUGUCUACGACAAACCCAUCUGGUGCUCCACCCGAAGAAUCUUGUCAUGCGUCACUUCCGCGCAUCCCAACAGACUGGAACUGGAACAAUGGCGAAUCAUGGCAUGAUGUUCUACCAAAAAAUAUUGUUUUGCGUCUCUGCUAUAAGGCUUUGUGCAUGAUCGCUGUGUCGAAGUCAUCGGUCGAACACUGGCGUCACCUCAUAGAGCGUCCGAUAAAGCAGGAAUGGGUAGAACACAAGCAAAUGGUGGUAAAUCGGUUUGAAAACAUGAACGUCACGGCCGGUCUGGUUUUGACGACAAGUGCUGUUUUUUUAUCCACUAAUCCUCCAUAUCAGCCUCUUAUGCCUUACGCCAGCCACGGGUCGUAUAUUCUUCAAAUGUCCGCUUUUGUCGCCGCAUUGAUCAGUUUGAUGACUGGUACUUCUGUCCUCAUCAUCUAUGAUACUUGCUAUACAAAUGAUCAGUUAUUGAAAUCGUUAAUGCGAUCUCGCCCGCGUCGCAUAUGCUGCCUUAUGCUGAUGGCGUAUCCGUCCUUCGCUCUGGCAGUCUCGACAUUAACUUUGAUGACAGCCUUCUUUAUAGCUGGCUUCACAUCCGACAAGCUCUUCGUGAAAAUCCUCACUGCAGUGACCUAUUUAACACUGAUUGUCCUCGCCAUACUCGCAACAUAUGUAUUCAGCGAUCAUUUAAAGGAUGUUGUCGGCAAAGAUAGUGAUUCACAUACUGUUGCCGGUCAGAACCCGCCGAGCUCUGAGCCCAAGGUAUAGCGGGCAUUGUCACAGGCACGUGCCCCUGUCAAUCUUAUUUGCAUCGAAAACCAGAGUACUCGGGCAGCCGCGCGUAGGGGAGCUGCAAGUCUAGGGGGAGAAUUACGCCAUUCCGCUGGUGGUAUGGACGAAUACGCUGCCGUUGACGGCUCAUUUGAUAUGCUGUUUGUAUUGCUUUGAAUCAGUGCUUCGCAUUUGUUAUUUCCUCCCAGAUGUAGGCAGACUAUUGUCACGACCUUGGAUUUUGGUACCAAGGGAAUUGUCGAG